CGUAUUUAGAUAACUGAUAACUGACCGAAAUUUAGAUUUCCAAACAGAUAAUGCAUUGCUUAUUAACAGCCCUUUAUUUCAAACAGCCAUUAGGUCUCCUUGCCAUUCUCGAGGAAGAGUCCAUGUUCCCUAAAGCUACAGACAAGUCGUUUGAAGAAAAGCUGAAGACCAACCACCUCGGAAAAUCCUCCAACUUCAUCAAGCCGAAGCCGCCUAAGCCCGGCCAGAAGGAGGCCCACUUCGCCAUCGUCCACUACGCCGGCACUGUGCCCUACAACCUUGCUGGCUGGCUGGAGAAGAACAAGGACCCCCUCAACGACACCGUCGUGGACCAGCUCAAGAAGUCCACCAACCCGCUCCCCGUCGAGUGCUUCGCUGACCAUCCCGGCCAGUCUGGCGGCGGCGACGCCAAGGGUGGUCGCGGUAAGAAGGGCGGCGGCUUCAUUACGGUGUCUUCAGGGUACAGGGAGCAAUUGGCCAAUCUAAUGAAGACCCUCAACGCUACUCAGCCUCACUUCAUUCGUUGUAUUGUGCCUAACGAAACGAAGUCACCUGGCGUCGUCGAGGCUCCUCUGAUUAUGCAUCAGCUGACUUGUAAUGGUGUGCUCGAGGGCAUCCGUAUCUGCCGAAAGGGCUUCCCCAACAGGAUGCCUUACCCCGAUUUCAAGCAUCGUUACUGCAUUUUGGCCUCAAGAGCCAUGGCAGCAGAGACGGAAGACAAGAAAGCAGCAGGAGUUUGUCUUGAUGCCGUUAAAAUGCCAGAAGAAAACUAUCGUCUCGGUCAUACAAAGUUAUUUUGGAGGUUUGCUAACAAAGGUCUUUGGUUGAUUGGUUGAAUGCCCUUUCGUAGAGCAAACCGACAGUUACUCCCGUAAUUACAAGAAGGUGACCUUCGGGGAGGUGUCUGAUGAAGAGAAGGCAAAUAGACCAGUUCGAAAUACGCUGAUCAUGCUGCAGUGCUGAGCCGUUAUGGCGUCAUUAAGGUUCUAAGACUAUGUCAAAGUUACUCCUGCUACCCUCCUUUGUUUUUGGCCGACCACCGGACCAUGUCCAGGCUCUUUUCCGCAGUACUCCCCCCCCCCUUUAAUCCUUUGGUUAAAACGUUACCCAAAUAUUAUAUUUCAUCACA